ACUUAAUCACCUUAGUAUUUCCAUUCAAGUCCGAAGUUCAAGUCGCACUUCACAUAUAAAACUCACAAACUAAAACACCAGAAGAUACGAUGAUACGAGUAUAUUCUCUUUUUAAUGACAUGCUACCAGUCCUGUUCUUCCUCAUCCUCGCGAGUGUUUCUGUUCAGAGUGGGACGAGAACUGAGACGACAAAGAAAUCCCAUCCAGGCAAGGACUUUGUCACCUCAAAGGCGGAUCGAAUGGAGCUGCUGCUGCUGGACAGGGAGCUGAUCUCAAACCUCGUGCAAUAUACUGAAGAGUUGCAGAGCAAAGUCCACGUGCUGCAGCGAUUUGCAAUGGCGAUGAGCAUUCCCCUCGAGGCAGCGAAGGGCAGGGAGGAGGAGUACCUAUCGAAUCCACUGCACAGUUUUCGCCUCAUCCGCCAUAUGCACGAGGACUGGCGGCAAUUAGAGAAGUUCAUGCGGCAGCCUGUGGGGCAGGAUCAGAUUAAUUUCCUCAAGGAGAAGGCAAAGGAAUUUCCUUCAAAAGAAGAUGCUGAGGAUGCCACGGAGGCCAUCUACCGCAUUGUGCGCACCUAUGAUGUGCAGCCAGCGCAUCUCGUCGAGGGGCUAAUCGAUGGCGUGCAGUACAACAGUAGCAUUUCAGCCAUCGACUGCUUCUCUCUUGGAACGCUGCAUUUUCAGUGGGGGGAGUACGGAAAAGCAGUCCAAUGGCUAUACUACACCUUCAAUCUAAUAGAACCAGACUAUUAUUCGGUGUACGAAGUGCUGGAAUUUCAGUCAAGUGAGGUAUUCAUUCUGUUAGCCCGCUGCUUCUUGGAGAUGGACCUGGAAGAGGAGGCUCGAAGCAUUCUGAUGGCCCACCCCACUCUGGCGGAGAAUUCGGAGCAUCUGCUCAACCUCUACACAAACACGAGACACGUCCAAGUUUCGGAGGAUAAGCAGCCCGCUCUGCCCGACGAAUUCAAUCAGAUCUGCCGCUCCUCCCAUCAAAAUAAACCCUCGCGCCUUCACUGUCGCUACAAUGCCACAACCACACCCUUCCUGCGCCUGGCCCCCCUACAGAUGGAGGAGCUGUCGCUGGAUCCCUACAUAGUGGCCUACCACAAUGUCCUCUCCGACGCGGAAGUAGCCGAGGUGGAGCGCGUUGCAGAGCCACUUCUAGUCCGCGCUGAAUUUGGCAUGAACAUGAACCUGAAAUACAAGGUGCGCACCGCCCUAGGAGCUUGGAUACCUGACUAUAAUAUGGAUGUCUCGGGCUUGCCAGUGGUACAACGUGUACUCAGGCGCAUACACGACAUGACCGGGUUGAUAAUGAACGAUCAUCAGUUCCUGCAGCUGAUAAAAUACGGAUUCGGGGGCCACUACGAUCUCCAUUUCGACUUCAGUAAUGACUCCUUGCCGAUAACCCAGGCCAUGGGCGACCGUAUGGCCACUGUCCUCUUCUACCUUAAUGAUGCUAGGCACGGCGGCUCCACUGUCUUUAGCCGCCUACAGCUGAAGGUUCCAUCGGAGCGCGGAAAGGUCCUAUUCUGGUACAAUAUGCGGGGGGAGACGCACGAUCGGGACACUCAAACCAUUCACGGUUCGUGCCCCGUCAUCGAUGGCACCAAAACGGUCCUGUCCUGCUGGAUACACGAGUUGGAUCAAAUGUUUAUUCAGCCCACCUAUCACCCAGCGACAGUAAGAGAGCAUUUCCAUAUUUAAAUAGCACAAACAGCAGCGGAAUUGAAAAAUUAAAUUAAAAUUCAAAUUUUAUAAACC